AUGGUCUCUGUCUCUCACGAGUUCAGGCGUGUCCCGCCUCCCCACGCCUCCAUUGGCCACUGGCUUCCCAAGGAUCGCGCCCAUAUCAAACAAUGGCUAGCCACCAAGCUGGAACAGCUAGAGAAGAAGCAACAGCUUCAGCUCUACAAGAAGAUCGCUAUCACGCUAGACCCCAGCAUCGUUGCCUUGAAACACCUCGUGGACGCCAGUCCCAAUCUCACGAAACUCUCCCGGGAAAUGUUCACCCAGAUUCCCCCGGCCUACAAAGAUGACCCGACGGGCCAGCCCCAAGUUCGUGAUUUCGACACCAUGCUGGGCCUCGUCGACAUGAUCCUGAAAGAAGGACCACAGUGGUUCGACAUUAAGGAUCCGCCGACCGCGAUGGGGCUGAUUGGGUUCCCCAUCAACGCUAUUCUCGACUGGCCGAUGGGUACCCUGGCGGGCUAUCUCUUCUUCAUGGACAGCCAGGUCAACAAGAUGUGGCAAGGCAUCCUUGACGUCUGGGGGGCAUUCCUUCAGAGCCCGGCGUCGGUCAGCUGUCUCAACGAAAACAGUGGGUGGCUGUCCACGGACGCCUUGAACGCGCUCGCCGCCAAGGGCAACGACGGCAAGACUCAGUAUACCUUUCAGCAGCUGUACGCGUGCAACCCAGCACUGCCGUCCUUCGGGUUUGGUUCCUGGGAUCAGUUCUUCACACGCAAGUUCAACCCGGGCAUCCGACCCGUCGCCUUUCCAGACGAUCAGCCGACGCCCGAGCAGCCGGACCCGACGCAAGUCAUCGUCAACGCCUGCGAAUCGACGCCGCUGCAGUUCGCCACCGACGUCAAGCUCCGCGACACCUUUUGGCUCAAGGAACAACCCUACUCCCUGGCGGAGAUGCUGGACAACCACCCCAACACGGAGCAGUUCGUGGGGGGUUCGGUAUAUCAGGCGUUUCUGAGUGCCUUGUCAUACCACUGCUGGCACGCGCCGGUGUCUGGCACGGUGGUGGACAUCCGCCACGUACCCGGGUCGUACUACUCGGAGAACCUCUCGGAGGGCUUCGCGAACCCCGGGUCGCCCGACGCCGCGGCGCCGAACAACUCGCAGCCGUACAUCUCAGCUGUGGCGGCGCGGGGGAUCAUCUUCAUCCAGGCCGACAACCCACACAUUGGACUGAUGGCCAUCAUCUUCAUCGGAAUGGCCGAGGUGUCGUCGUGCGAAUUCACCGUGCAGCCGGGACAGCACAUCGACAAGGGCCAGGCGAUCGGAAUGUUCCAUUUCGGCGGCUCAACGCACUGCCUGGUCUUCAGGCCCGAGACCAAGCUGACCGCUCAGAGCUUGGUCAACCCACCGCCAUACGACCCGGACGCCUCGAUCAACCUGCCGGUCAGCAGCGCUCUGGCGGUGAUCACGCCGCCGGCGGGAAGUGGCGAUUGA